AUGUGUGACCGUCAUUUCACCCUGAUACCAUCAGAGAAGACGAUGGAGUGGAGUCAGUCGACACAGGGUCAAAAGGAUCCUUUUACCUGGUUCACGGAGUCCCAGCUCCGGUCUGUGUUCGGGAACGGCUCGGUUCCAGACUGGUUUCAUGGGAUCAUUACGAGGAAGACAGCAGAAGAACGGCUCACGGUGAAGCCGCCUGGCUACUUCCUCAUCAGAGUCAGCGAGAGCAGAGUUGGCUACACCCUGUCAUAUCGCGAAGACGAACACUGCAGGCAUUUCAUGAUUGAUGUCCUGGAGAACGGCCAGUACAUCAUAGUAGGGGACGACAGGACUCACAGGAGUCUGCAGGACCUGGUGGACUUUCACCGCCGGAAUCCCGUCAUGCCUUUCAAUCAGGUGCUCACAGUUGCUUGUGGACAGUCAUCAGCUGACCGCUUAGACUAUGCAGAACUACUGUUCUCCCAAAGACCCCGAAGCUACUCCACCAGUGUGCUACCAAAUAACCUCCAACAGCCCAACCAGAGUCAGCCACAACCAGCGAACGAGCUCCCACCCGCCCUUCCUUAUCGACCCAACAACCUGAGGAACUCUGCACUCUUUCUCCCAAACAGCCAACCAAACAGACUCUACCCUAGUUUGGAGGAAGAUUUACAACACUUCGCCGCUCCUCUUCCAGCUUCGCCAGUGCCAAAUGUGAGGAAAAGCUCUCCGUGGAUCCAGCCUCCUGAAGUCCCUUUGAGGAAUCAUGUUGUCCAAAAGCAAAACCUGGUCUGCAGCAGAACAACCAUGGUGUCCGACAGCUCGUCUACACCGUCAGCCACCGAGAGAAAACUCUUCACCAACAUCCAGUCAGUGAAGUUACAGGAUCUGAGGCCAUCGGUCGCUGUGAACCUGAAGAGCCUCAAGAAGAAAUUCCAGAAGAAGACGAGCAACCCACCGGAAAAUGUCUAUGCAGAGAUUACUCAAGGGCCAAAUGACCUCAGCGAAGUCACGGAAAAUGAAUACCAGGAAAUCACAGGAGAGCUCACAUUCCGUGCUCCCCCUCAACACCACAUAGAUGUGAAACUAAACGAUCAAAUGCUACCUCAGGAGUAUGGAUCACCUCCACCAUUUGCUCCAGGCUACUGAGAUGCUGGCAUUCGUUUUAAAGCUCCCCCUAUUGACUGCGUUGUGAAUUACACAAUCUACUCCUUACUAUCAGUAGAUAGUAAGGAGAAAUCACCGGAUCAAGAAAUCCCGACAAAUUUGUGAUGUGUAGAAAGGGGAUGAAUAAAAUGCGGGCAUGUAUUUUGUUUCCACAACACAAACCACCUUAAUCGUUCAGUUGACAGGUCAGAUAGGACAGGUAUUGUUGUACAUUUCAUGAGGACUUAAAACUACUCAGCAUAUUCAUCCUUUGAGCUCAAAGCAAGCUCGUUUGUCUGGCAUUGUGCUAAGUGAAUACAAAUAUAACUUAAAGAGACUUGGUUCAACCUUAAAAAAAUAAUAAAUUAGCCUGUUUGCUCAGCUUAAUCAAGAUGUGAGACUUGUUUAAUGUUUGCAGUUUUUAAUUUUAAAAAUCAGCAACAAAAAAUGAGCACCUUCCCUGAGGCAAAGUGGGAACUGUGGCAUCUUUCUUUGAAAACGGAUGAUCCAAACUAAUCCAGAUCUAAUUUGGCUUUAAAAAUAUAGAUAUAUUUUUGUUCCGUUUAAACAGAGUCAGAUUCAAUGUUACACAACCUACAGAGCAACACAUGUAAAUAAAGGCAACCUGCUGCAAUUUUUAUCCGUUAGGCAUUAACUUUCCAUAAAUGUUAUACACUUCAAUGAAGUAACAAAUCCCGGCAACGGAAACUUGUGAAAAAACGUUGUUUGGUUCUACACCCAGACAAAUGGGUGAUAUAUUUGAUAACAUCUGUUAUUAAAAAGGUGCAACUGGAAGAGAGGAAAUUAAUACUGGUCAUACUGGUUUCACAGCUAUAAAGUGAGUUAAAACAGUUGUUGCAAACAGUUUUAAUUGAAAUAUGUAUUUAAUGUAUAGUAUGUACCUUUGUAACUUACUGAUGUAUAUUGAAUGCAGACUUUGGUGGAUGCAAAGCAUGUUAUUUCACAUUUAUACUUUUGAUGUAAUAUCAUUAAAUGACCCAAAUAAAGCACUUUAAGAGAUGCA